AUGGAGCUCGCUGCCAUAGCUAUUACUAUUCCUUUUACUCUCGCUUUUCUUACUUCUGGCCUCAUUAUAAAUAUUAUUCAAGCAACUUUGUUUCUCACAAUUAGGCCUCUUUCCAAGAACACCUUCAGAAAAAUCAAUGGAGCAAUUUCAGAAAUUUUAUGGUUGGGAAUUAUUUGGCUAUUGGAGUGGUGGGCAGGACUUAAGGUUAAAUUGUAUACAGAUUCUAAAACUUAUGAGCUGAUGGGUAAAGAGCAUGCUCUAAUAAUGCCUAAUCACUUGAGUGAUCUUGAUAUUUUCUUUAUGUGGAUAUUAGCUCAGACUUUGGUAAUUUGGGCUUUUGCCUACAGCAUUGGUAGCUUAAUAUUAGUAACAAAGUUUUCUUUGCGAUCAACUUGGAGAGGAAUUGGGAUUUUAGCAUUUGGGCUGGGCAUUAUCGUCAUUAUGAUGCACAUAUUUAUCGAAUACACGAAGUUUCCUCCACAGAAGAAGGCAUAA